AUGGUGUUGGCUGAUCUUGGACGAAAAAUUCGAAAUGCCAUCGGCAAACUUGGUCAGGCAACCAUUAUCAAUGAGGAAGAGCUUGAUGCUAUGCUCAAAGAGAUGGCGUACUACUAUCAACGUAAGGGAUGGAAAACAUGUCUGAUUUGCGCAGACACUUUCCGUGCUGGAGCUUUCGAUCAGCUGAAGCAAAAUGCUACGAAGGCGCGGAUACCUUUCUAUGGUUCUUACUCGGAAAUGGAUCCAGUAAUAAUUGCUGCGGAAGGUGUUGAAAAAUUUAAGAAAGAAAAUUUCGAAAUCAUAAUCGUUGAUACUUCCGGAAGGCACAAACAGGAAGCGUCAUUGUUCGAGGAAAUGCUCCAAGUAUCAAACGCUGUGAACCCAGAUAAUGUAGUUUUUGUGAUGGAUGCCUCUAUUGGUCAAGCCUGUGAAGCACAAGCGCGUGCCUUUUCGGAAACAGUGGAUGUUGCAUCUGUGAUUAUAACUAAGCUUGAUUCCCAUGCGAAAGGAGGUGGUGCACUAUCUGCUGUGGCCGUUACAAAAUCUCCUGUCAGCUUCGUUGGUACGGGUGAACACAUAGACGACUUCGAGUUGUUUAAACCGAAGGCAUUUGUGCAGAAGUUACUCGGAAUGGGCGAUAUUGCUGGUUUGGUUGAUAUGGUCAACGAUAUUGGCAUAAAAGACAACGAAGAACUUGUUAGCCGUCUGAAACACGGUCUAUUUACUCUUCGUGAUAUGUACGAACAAUUCCAGAAUAUCAUGAAAAUGGGUCCAUUCAGUCAAAUAAUGAGUAUGAUUCCUGGAUUUGGUCCUGAAUUUAUGACCAAAGGCAAUGAGAAGGAAUCAGUUGGUCGCCUGAAGAGGCUCAUGACUAUAAUGGAUUCCAUGAGCGAUACAGAAUUGGACCAUCCAAAGGCAUCGGAACUUUUUACGAAAGAACCAGGUCGCGUUGUCCGUGUAGCAAGGGGGUCUGGCACCACGCAGGCUGAUGUCCGAGAUUUGCUCAGUCAGUACAAAAAGUUCGCUGACAUGGUUAAAAAGAUGGGAUCAAUCAAAGGGCUGUUCUCUGGGAAGAAUGGCGAUAUCAAUCCCAAGAACGUCAACCCUGCGCAGAUGAUGAAGCUGAACCAGCAGAUGGCUAAGAUGAUGGAUCCUCGUGUAUUACAACAAAUGGGCGAAUUGGACCAUCCAAAGGCAUCGGAACUUUUUACGAAAGAACCAGGUCGCGUUGUCCGUGUAGCAAGGGGGUCUGGCACCACGCAGGCUGAUGUCCGAGAUUUGCUCAGUCAGUACAAAAAGUUCGCUGACAUGGUUAAAAAGAUGGGAUCAAUCAAAGGGCUGUUCUCUGGGAAGAAUGGCGAUAUCAAUCCCAAGAACGUCAACCCUGCGCAGAUGAUGAAGCUGAACCAGCAGAUGGCUAAGAUGAUGGAUCCUCGUGUAUUACAACAAAUGGGCGGCAUGGGUGGCUUGCAGAAUAUGAUGGCUCAACUUCAAAAAGCUGGAGGGGGAAAGGGAGGAGGAUUGUUUUAG